AUGAUGACAGCUGCAUCCGCGGUGGCGGACAUUAACGAGUUUGAGCGGGUUUACGAGGUCAAUCAAACAGUGUGUCCACAGGAGGUACCAGAGGCGUGCGACGAGUGCCCGCAGGGCAAGUACAUCGUCCCGAAUCCUUGUGAGUGCGUAGACUGCAUUGGUGAAACGCGCAGGCGCCGCUCCACAGAGUGCACUUCCUGUGCGGCUCCCCUCGUGCCCUGCCAGAAUCCCGACGUGGACGAGUGUUGCGAUCCUUAUCUUCCAAGGAGUGACCCACCUCCAAAUGGCAGUAUUCCUGUUCAUGUCCCGUAUCAAACGUGCACUGAGUUCUCUCUGGGGGACACCAUCACCAUCACUGGCAGAUUAACAAGUGACCCGUCCACUACUGUCACGCACACGUCAGUCGUGAUUGGGAUUACCCAGAUUACUGGGGGAUACGAACUCGAUCUGCACGACCCGCUCCCAGGAGACUUUGAAUAUGAUGCGACAGUUCAGCAGACUUGCACUUCCACUGACGGGACUCAGGUGAGCGGCUCAUUCUCUCCCUCUGCGAGUGGUUGUUGCUGCGCAUGUGGCACUGAUUGUUGCGAGACAACUGAGGUGUGCACUCUGUACCCCAACGGCACCGGUGUAUGUUCCAAUGCUGGCCCGUACCCCGAAUUCUCGACUCCAGCCCCUACCGUCGGGGCCAAGGGCGACCCACACCUGGUUAACCUUCAAGGAGAGCACUUCGACAUCAACCACGAAGGUGCGUUCACGCUGCUCCGCUUCCCACAGGCCGCCGAGUUGCCAGCCGAGUUCGCCUUCAAGGCGGUAGUCCAGGCGGACGCGGGGAAGCCGUGCACCACGUACAUCACCCGCGCGGAGAUCUCGGGCGCCUGGCUCGGCGGUAAGUCCGUGGAGAUCCGCUGCUACCGCAAGUCCCACUCGAACGAUACGGACGCCUUCCUCGGCGCCCGUCUGCUCGACGGCAACGGUGAUUCCCCCUGGGUGACCAUCGAGGAAUUCGAGACGAAGGACCAUGUGCUGUCCGACUCGGAAUCGGACAUCGAGGUUUCGCUGGACAAGGCGACCUGGUUCCCCAAGAAGCGCUCAAAGGCGGGGCCGACCGCGGCUGGCAUGUUUACCCUCUCCCUGCGCAACAAGAAGAGCCCGACUGGCGCCAAGAUCACCUUGCGCCAGGACCUGCCCGAGCAGCAGCACCUCAACGUGGCGGUGCGGCAGUUGUCCCAACUUGGUCGUGUGGAUGUCGGCGGCCUACUCGGCUUCGAUGCGCACCCAGAGAGCCUCGAGCGCCCUUCUGCCGCGUGCGUCCAUCACAGAGCCACGGCGCGCUACCGCAUCGAGAGCCAGGACGACGCAGAUCAUGGCUACUACUUCCGGCCAGCGUGGAAGGACCGUUGGGACAAAGCUCGCGCAGGGGGGCGUUCGCGAGACAACGAGGCGGCCGCCAGCUUGGUGGGCAGAUUCAAUGGCGAGGGCGGCCUGGAUAAUAUGAUGUGCAAGUGCCCGAGCGAUCCGCACGGCGACGCCACUGGCAGCAUCGAAGGAGUACUCGUCGGGGAGGCGAGCUUCAUGUUCGCCAAGGCGUCUUGGGAGUAG